AUGUUGAACCUGAUUCCACACUCUUACCUCUCCCUGCUCUUUCUGCUUGCUGCAAACUUAACAGGUGAGGAGGAAUGUCAUGUGAAAAUCCAUGGAUAUUACAUCCGGCCUUUUUGACCUUGAAACCCACAGUUACAUACAAAUUAUCUUGAUUUGGCUAUACCUCAAUAGUGACUAGAAUCUAGUAGUUAUCGACUUAAAUAUGUCUGUAAUAUAUUCUCCAUGUAUAUACUCUAAGGGGUGUAUGGGAAGAGAAUCAUCGGAGGUUUGGAGGUAUCCCCCUACUCUGUGAAAUAUCAGGCCUCUCUGCUGUUCAGAGGCUACCACUUCUGUGGAGGCACCCUCAUCCACCCACAGUGGGUGGUGUCUGCUGCCCACUGCUGGAGACCGUGAGUUACUGCAGUUUUACCAGGACAUGUUUUAUUCACAACUGUGCAAUAGAAAGAAGACAGUGUGAAACAGCACAUCCUCGUGAAGUUAUUUUUGAUUGAUCUGUAUUUGGCAAGAUAAAACAUCUUUACAAUCAAGUCAUUUCCUCUUUUAGGAGUCACAUGAUCAAAGUGGUCCUCAAUGAUCACAACAUCGUGAAGGUGGAUGGCUUUGAGCAGGUGUUUAACGUAACUGUGAUUGUCAGACACUACCAGUAUCAAGCAUGGACUUUUGACAAUGACAUCAUGCUGCUGAAGGUAAGAGAUGGUCGUGGUAAUACAGUUUGUACACGGUUACUGAUUUGAUAGAGAUCCUGUGAUUCAGGUUGUAAAUUGAAACAUUUCUAACAUUGGUUCAGCAACUGUCUUAUGAAGAAAAUUUGAAGAUCCAAGUUCAAUAUAAAAAAAAAAAGAGUGGCGUUUUAAAAUGCACUCAACGUAACAUCUCAAACAGCUAAAAACUGAGUGAAUAUUUAUUUCAUUGCAAACAAAAAAAAAAAUUCAACCCUUAAACUGUAAAUGAAUUGUAGCUAAUUGGUGCUGCUAUGUUAAACUGAAAAGGUUGCUCCAGUAGUGAAGGGAUGUACUGUCACAAAAUUGUCUGAUUAAUCUAGAUCAAUGAUUGAAAUGCAUGCAUGCAGCAAAUAUUGUGAUUUUUUUAGGUAAUGGUUAAAUUCCUCAAAAGCUGCAUCCAUCACUUACCAGAACAUACAUGAACAAUAUCUUUGAAGUGAACUUUACAUGCCCAUAUGUAUGUUUAGAAGAGUCAAACUUUACUGCAGAGUGGAACAGAUGCUCCUCUUAGUUGCGGACAGCUUAUUCAAAAACUUUUCUAGUGUAAAAGAUCUUAACACAACAAACACAUCUAAAAUAACCUUUUACAAGUUACAAUAGAGUCUAAAAGUAUUUAUCAAGUACUUAAGCGUAUAGAGUUAUCAGGGCUAUUGACAACAUAUUAUGCUAAAUAUCAUGAAAAGUAUUAAUAACAGCACCUAAAACCCAAAUGUUGUGAUGCUCUGUAAUAGAUGGCUAAGGUGAAGCAGAUUUUUGCUUUUUUAUGAUUUGCUGGAUUUUUGAUCUGCAUUUAACCUGAACUUGAGGUCUAAAAUCCCAGAAGUUUCUAUUGCAGUGAGAAUAUUUCAAACACAUUAAAUUCUCUGUAAGAAACUUUCAAUUUGUGUCAACUUUGGCGCCCCACUGUGGACAAAGUGUUUUCUUUUUAUCUUGUACUCCACAUGCUUUAGUUGUGUCUUUAACAAAAAAUAAAAAAUCUCAUCCUGCGGAUUUUUGAUAGUCUGAUGUCCGAUGGAUCUUUUUGAAGAAUAUGUAAAAACAAGAUUUUCCCCAUAGCUGCUUGGCUGACACCUUCACCCCUAAACACCAAUUUUAGGUAUUCAAAAUUACAACGUAAAAAUAGCCCACCUUGUCGCUGAUGGUUUUGUUUGCAUUUUGAUAUCAUGAAAGACACGUGAAUUUCAGUCUAUUUCACGAAUGGCAAAAAACUCAUCACAGGAGCUUUAAUUAAACUUUUAAAGAUAUUUGAAGGAGUGGAAUUUCCUUCAUUGAUUUAUCACAUCACUUGCCUCAGUGUUGACACAUUGAGACAGACGUCUGAUGUCCGCUGACUCAACCCUCUUUACUCACAUUGGAAACUUUGAUAGAAAAAGCUCAAACCUGACUGAAAGACAUGUUUUCUGUGGGUCAGCUGGAUCGCCCAGCUGUCCUUAACGCCAUGGUGGAGCCAGCCAUCUUGCCUGAUCCAAACUCACCACCUUUGGACAACAGUGCCAGCUGCACAGUGAGUGGCUGGGGUGUGACCUGGCUCAACGCCUACAAACUGUCACCUGUGCUUAGGUAUGUGAAUGUGGACAUCUUCCCCAACUGCUGGCGCUACUACUACUUCAGGAUCACACAGAACAUGGUGUGUGCGGGCUCAGUCUACGGAGGGAAAGACUCCUGUCAGGUGAGGGACACGUCUGUGCUGUGAUGAUCAAUUUUUGAAGUGUCAGAGGAAAAAAACCACAUAUGUCAUAAUGACUAAUGACGUUAUAAUGUGACACAGGAAACUGGUCAUCAGACACUAUUGGGCAAUAAUGAGGGCUUCUUUCAACAGAUGGGGUUGUUAGAGAUCAUCAUGCUGUUAUAGUGUAUCCUGAAAACACAAAGUAGAUAAGGGAAGAGUUGAGGGCCAGAAAACUUUAAAGACCAAUCCAAUUGUUAAAUCUUAAAGGGAUAUUCCCAUGUAAAAUUAAUUUAGGGUCAAACACACCCUAACACUGAGGUAGACACCCACUGGAGAGAUGAAUGUUGCCGACUGCUGGCCACCAAACAUCUUUUUAGUUUUGCCUGAUUUCUUUAGCAAAGAGACUAAACACAACUCACCUACUCUCUUCCAGCAGCCGCUUGUCUGUGGCGAGACCUUGGACAAAUCCAUUAUGGAUUGCUGUGGGGUGACGCAGCUCAAGGAAGAACAUUUAUGAUCAUUUUUGUAUCAUUUUCUUUUGGUAAUCACCAUAUUAAUCAUUUUGCACUGCAGACGCGGUAGUUCUUCUACCUUAGCAUCUCAGUCUGAUUGCAUUUCCAUGAAGAAUUGAUAGUAAAUUUUCUUCCUCGAGCUGCAUCAACCCACUGUAGUCGGUAAUGGACUGGCCCGAGGUCUUGCUACAAACAAACGGCUGCUGUAGGAGAGUAGGUGAGUUGUGUUUAGUCUGUUUGCUAAAGAAAUCAGACAAAGUUAAAAAGAUGUUUGAUGGCUAGUACUAUGGCUGGCACCCUAUAUGUACUGUUGAUGAAGUUAGGUGCUGUUCUGAGCAUUAUUUGUGGCUAUAGAGUGGCGUUUUGGUUUAGCACGUGGCUCUCUGUAUUGCUAUCAUGUGGUCAUUACUGAAGUUGGUAUAACUAGAGAAGCAUGCGGUCGGCAACAUUCAUCUCUCAACGGGGUGUCUAACCCGGUGUUAUGGUGUGUUUGACCCUAAAUUAAUUUUACGCUGGAAUAUCCCUUUAAGUGACUAUAUAAAAAAAUUUCCAAGUAUUUAUUCAUUAAUCCAUUUAUUUUACUACCAUUCAUUUUUAUGUUGAAUAUCUUUCACACCAUUUUUGCUUGUCUAAUGAGUCAUGGCAGCUGAUAAAACCCUUCACACUAUCGAUUUUAACACAAAACAAGACCACGCUUUUUGCCUUUAUCCAAAAGCAAAUACACCAAAUUCAAGUGUGAACAUCUUACACUCUGCACAAUGUAACUGUGUAUUUUUCCAUCCUCAGGGUGACUCAGGAGGACCUCUUAUUUGUGACGGUAAAUUUGAGGGCAUUGUGUCGUGGGGCAUUGGCUGUGCCUAUGCUUACUACCCAGGUGUCUACACCAAAGUCAGGAACUACCUCAGCUGGAUCAAUGGAGUUAUUCAGAACAGCUAA